AUGGCACUGGAACCUCUGUUCAGCGAUGUCCCUCGUGGCAGUCGCAGUGCAUUCAUUCCGCUAGAUUCCGCAGAGGGGGACUGUAUUGCACAACUCUGCAAUUACAUCAAAGAGAACCGGCCACUCCGCCAAGCAACUAUUCUCCCAAGCCAGGGCUUCCCAGUGCCAAACGAGGAAUCACACGGCUAUGCGAGCCAAGACAAUCAGCCAGCGGAAGAAUCGGCUUUCAGCCCGAAUCAGUACAUCCCGGCAUGGUCCGGGGGGUAUCACGGCCAGAGCUAUUGGCCUCCGGAGCCCUCAACCCAGUUCGAAUCAGACUACCCGGUCACUUCAUCCGUGGAACAGCUUCAGAACAACCCAAAGGAUCCCCCAGACCAGUCAAUGGAGACUGAUGAGCUCCCGGAUGAUCCUGAGGACGAACCUGCGGCUGGUCCCUCCCACGCCACUGGGACUCAUCAAGGGGCGACGCACAAGAUGGUCAAAAUCACAAAGGAGGAGCACAGCUUCAUCCGAAGUGACAAAUACCUUUUCCGGAAGCAUUGA